AUGACCAUAUCUAAAUUGGUGGACUGGUGUGAUAUGGUAGGGCUUUCCUUAAACAUGAAUAAAUGUAAAGUAAUGUCAUUCUACAGAUGCCUUAAAACGUUAUACACCUCACUAGUGCGAUCAAUCUUAGAGUACGGAUCUGUGAUAUGGUCUCCCUACAGAUAA